AUGAUUAGUUGGACAACUAAGAAAACAAAUAGCAAGGAUGAUCAUGAUGCAGUACCGAUGAGAUCUAGUUCCUCUUCUUCUUCUCUUUUUAGAAAAUGGUGUAUGUUGAAGAAUAAUUUGAAGAGAAACAGUAAGACUCCUAGGAGAUUUUAUGAUGGAGAUGGUAUCGGUAAGAGAUUUUAUAAAUUUCAAAAAAUACGAUUAAAUAGAAGUGUGUUAAAUGUUGGCAAAGACGAUUUCUCAACAGAAAAUGCCAUAAUAAGACAAGAAAAUACUGAUAAUAUGAAUGUAGUAGAGUAUGAUUACAAUAAUGAUGGUGGUAGCAUUAUCAACAACAACAGCAACAAUAACAGCAAUAAUAAUAAUAAUUAUAAUAAUAAUAGUUGGAUAAAUGCAUGCAGAUAUGUUUAUUUGGAUUGUUAUUAUUAUUCCAAAGAAAAUUGGUUUAGAUCGAUUGUUAUGUUGAUUGUAAUCACAGUUAUAUCGAACUAUUUCAUACAAAAUUUAAUUAAACUAUUCGAGCAAUUAAGAAUCACUAUCGUAUCUUUCUAUAAGUGGAAAAUCCUAUCCUCUUUCAUUAUUCCCUAUAGUAACGAUAAUAACAGUAAUAGUAAUAUUAUUAGUGGCAGUGGUGUUAGUGGUGUUAGUAAUAUUGUUAUGAACAUUAUCUCAUGGAUAAAUUUUAUUAAAAAUAUAUUUUCAUUGGCAUAA